AUGCACCCACGGCUUCAGUGUUCAUCCACUGAUGCUGACUUUUUUCGCCGGGGCAUUUGUGCACGCUUUUCCCUCCAAUGUUUAUUUUUUUUUUGCAGAGGAGGCAACGGGUGGGCAUUCGUGAGUGCUGCGGCGGGCUGUUGUUUUCUUCGCGGGGACGCACGCAACGGUGGCAGCUCCAUGACUUUGUGCACAAAAGGAAUGGGACUUUCUCCGGAUUCUCACCGCAGGCGCAUGCCGUGGACGGCCGAAAAGGAGUGUGUGCCCGGUGUUGUUCAUGGCUCCAAGGGAAAGAUGGUGUUGGAUGGUGCACGACGAGUGGAUGUGGAAUGUGUUGACCGUGCAUCGCAGGUGUAUCCGCUGGAGGCAUUGCGGGCGGCCGUCGCCACAUGCGAGCACAACACAUUUAGAGGAAAGAACAUUUUUAAUUGGUCUCUCCGGCGGAAUCAAAUGUGCUCAGGCAAUGGGUUUACUGCGAGGAGUGGCCGGAGGGGACGCACGACGAGAACGCCACUCGCACCGUCAUUCAUUUCCGUCGCCGCUAAAACACGACGCAGCCCGCGCCAAUACGACUUGCGGAUUUUCCUAGGUGGCAUGCGCUGUUCUGUUUGCCGUCAUUGUUCCCCAUCCCCGAGUGUCGGUGCAGGCUUCCCUGUCGAUGCAAGUUCCUGUGGCUUUCGGACACAUCCAUUGAUUGAUGCGGCCGACACCGCAGCCCAUUGCUGGUACUUCUGGGAUGACCGCUGCACCGCCCCCAGCAGCUGGUGCAGUGGGAAUGGGGACGAGAACACAGCAGACCAGGUUCAGUCAGAUGGUGCUGGCAGCCCUGUCAGCGUCCCGCCGACUCCAGCGGCGAGCACAGAAAUCGACGGGGCAGGAGAGGAAUCAAAUGACUGCCAGGGAAGCAAUUCUUUUUCACAUCACUCCCAGUCAAACAGCAGGAAGAAUUCACAACAACAUCAGUCACUAAAAAUGACGAAGGAAGAGCGACCACCGCCGACAGCGACAGCUCCACCGCGGUCUCCCACACCACCUCCCAUCCUUUGCGUCUUAUUGUCUCGUAUGCGUGCUGCUGCUGCUGCAGUGGUGGUGGCGGUGCCUGCAUGA